GAGCGACGCGCAGUCACGAUGACGCGCGCGCAGGCAAGCGACUCCCACUUCGCCGACGGCCGCUCGGACGGGAUCCGCGGACCGAAAUCGGACGAACGGACGCUGCGCGAGUGGUGCCGCGCCUCCCCGCCCCCGAGACCCCCCCUGCCCCCACUCCUGCUCUUCCUCCUCCUACUCCUCUCUCUCUUCCUACUCCUCCUCCACCUGAAGAACCGGCCGCCAACGCAGUCGCUCGUGUCGAACCCUCCCCGGUGCCGCCGAGUCACGUCACCGGGUACCGUCCGGCCAGCACCAAAGCAAGCAAGCGUUUGCCCGCCGCCCGCUAGGCGGCCGGCCGGCCGGCUCGCUCGCUCGCCCACUCCACUCGCGAAGCCGUCAAGCGGUUAGCAUGGCGCGGCUAGCGGUCCGAUCGCCCAAUUAGCCGCCUAGCUGGCCGGCUAACGGCUAGCUAGCGGCGUCGCGCCUGGCGGGCGCGGAGGAUGCUUUCGGCUGGAUGUGCCGAGGCUCCUCGCUCCCCCGGAACCGCCGCUCGACGGCCGCCGUCCAUGUAAAGCCACCCGAGCAGCCAAGCCCCGAAGCUCCCGCCCCACGACGCCCCCCACCAACCCACCCACCCCCCUCCGCCCCCCCUCAACAACACCGCCACUAUGCAGGCGGCCCAGCAGCAGUACGACUUCUUCAGCGACGACAACGCCGCCAAAUGGCGAGGCCUGCUGGUUCCGGCUCUGGACAAGGUGCUGAAGCAAGUGCACCCUAACCUGGUGUCCCAGCAGGAGGCGCUGCAAUACAUCGAAGAGCUGAUCCUGCUGCUGCUCAGCAUGCUGUGUCAGGCUCAGCCUCGCAGCGUGCAGGACGUGGAGGAGCGGGUCCAGAAGACUUUCCCCCACCCCAUCGACAAGUGGGCCAUCGCCGACGCCCAGGCCGCCAUCGAGAAGAGGAAGCGCAGGAACCCGCUGGCGCUGCCCGUCGACAAGAUCCACCCGCUGCUGAAGGAGGUGCUGGGCUACAAGGUGGACCACCAGGUGUCGCUCUACAUGGCGGCCGUGUUGGAGUACAUCUCGGCCGACAUCCUCAAGCUGGCGGGGAACUACGUGCGCAACAUCCGCCACUACGAGAUCUCGCGGCAGGACAUCGCCGUGGCCAUGUGCGCCGACAAGGUGCUGAUGGACAUGUUCCACCAGGACGAGGACGACGUGCCGCCGACGGACGAGGAGCCGUCGGCCGACGAGGAGCGCACUUACCACGAGCUGGUGCGCGGCUUCAUGGCCGACGGCCGCCACUUCCUGCGCCAGCUGGAGCUCCUCAUCAAGGUCUUCCGAGAGCCCUUCAGCGCCAACGCCAUGCUCUUCUCGCAGCACGACGUGGAGGGCAUCUUCAGCCGCGUGGCGGACGUCCACGAGGCCACGGCCAAGAUGCUGGGCCUGCUGGAGGACGCCGUGGAGAUGACGGAUGACGGCAGCCCCCACCCGCUGGUGGGCAGCUGCUUCGAGGACCUGGCCGAGGAGCUGGCCUUUGACCCCUACGAGACGUACGCUCAGGACGUGCUCCGCUCCGGCUUCCAGCAGCACUUCCUCAGCCAGGUCACCAAACCCGGCGCGGCCUUCCACCUGCAGUCCAUCUGCGAAGGCUUCAAGGAGGCGGUGCAGUACGUCUUGCCUCGACUGCUGCUCACGCCCGUCUACUACUGCCUGCACCUCUUUGACAUCAUCAAGCAACUGGAGGAGAAGAGCCAGGACGAGGAGGACAAGGAGUGCCUGAAGCAGGCCAUCACGGCUCUGCUCAACCUUCAGAGCAGCGUGGAGAGGAUUUGCUCCCGCGGCCUGGCCAAGCGCAGACUCAGUGGGUCGGCGUGCCGCCUGUCCGGCCGGCAGAUGAAGGGCAAACACUCGGCGGUCAAGAAGAUGAACGAGAUCCAGAAGAACAUCGACGGCUGGGAGGGCAAAGACAUCGGCCAGUGCUGCAACCACUUCAUCAUGGAGGGAACCCUGACCCGAGUGGGCGCCAAGCACGAGCGCCGCAUCUUCCUCUUCGACGGCCUCAUGAUCUGCUGCAAGUCCAACCACGGGCCGCCGCGCCUGCCCGGCGCCGGCUCGGCCGCCGAGUACCGCCUCAAGGAGAAGUUCUUCAUGCGCAAGGUCCGGAUCAACGACAAGGACGACAAGGAGGGCGAGUACCGGCACGCCUUCGAGAUCAUCCCGAAGGACGGCAACGGCGCGGUGUUUGCCGCCAAGUCGGCCGAGGAGAAGAACGGCUGGAUGGCGGCGCUGGUCUCGCUGCAGUACCGCAGCACGCUGGAGAGGAUGCUGGACGCCGCCGUGCUGCGGGAGGACGAGGACGAGCGCCUGCGCCUGCCGCCGCCCCGCCUCUACCGCUUCGCCCGGCCCGACUCCGAGGAGAACGUGGUCUUCGAGGACGGCGUCCAGUCCAAGUCGGGCAUCCCCGCCGUCAAGGCCGGCACCGUCCUCAAGCUCAUCGAGAGGCUCACUUUCCACAUGUAUGCCGAUCCCAAUUUUGUCCGAACAUUUCUGACGACCUACAGAUCUUUCUGCAAACCGCAGGAGCUGCUGGACCUGCUCAUGGAGAGGUUCGACAUUCCCGAGCCCAGGCCCGACGACGCCGAUCACCCGGACGGAGGAGAGCAGCCCCUCGGCGCGGAACUCAAGCGCUUCCGCAAAGAAUUUGUGCAGCCCGUGCAGCUCCGGGUUCUCAACGUGUGCCGCCACUGGGUGGAGCACCACUUUUAUGACUUUGAGAGGGACGAGGCUCUGCUGGGGCGGCUGGAGGACUUCAUCGCGUCGGUCAGAGGCAAGGCCAUGAGGAAGUGGGUGGAGUCCAUCACCAAGAUCAUCCGGCGCAAGAAACAGGCGGCGGUCAGCGGGCCCAGCCACAGCAUCACCUUCCAGAACUCUCCGCCGGCCGUGGAGUGGCACAUCUGCAAGCCGGGACACCCGGAGCAAUUUGACCUCAUGACCCUGCACCCCAUCGAGGUCGCCCGCCAGCUCACCCUGCUGGAAUCGGACCUGUACAGGGCGGUGCGGCCGUCGGAGCUGGUGGGCAGCGUCUGGACCAAAGAGGACAAAGAGAUCCACUCUCCCAACCUGCUGCGGAUGAUCCGGCACACCACCAACUUGACCCUCUGGUUUGAGAAGUGCAUCGUGGAGACGGAGAACCUGGAGGAGCGAGUGGCGGUGGUGUCGCGGAUCAUCGAGAUCCUUCAGGUCUUCCAGGAGCUCAACAACUUCAACGGAGUCCUGGCGGUGGUCAGCGCCAUGGACUCCUCGCCCGUCUACAGGCUGGACCACACUUUUGAGCAAAUUCCGAGUCGCCAGAGGAAGAUUCUCGAAGAAGCUCACAAGCUGAGCGAAGACCACUACAAGAAAUAUUUAGCCAAACUGCGCUCCAUCAACCCCCCCUGCAUCCCCUUCUUUGGCAUCUACCUGACCAACAUCCUGAAGACGGAGGAGGGCAAUCCGGACUUCCUGCUGCGCCGCGGCAAAGCCUUGAUCAACUUCAGCAAGCGCAGGAAAGUGGCGGAGAUCACGGGCGAGAUCCAGCAGUACCAGAACCAGCCGUACUGCCUGCGGGUGGAGAGCGACAUCAGGAAGUUCUUUGAGAGCCUCAACCCGACGGGGGAGCUGUGCGAGAACGACUUUGGCGAUCGGCUGUUCAACGGGUCCCUGCUCAUCGAGCCUCGCGGCGCCCGCACGCUGCCGCGAUUUGCCAAGAGGUACACGUGUCCCCUGAAGUCUCCGGGCAUUCGUCCCACGUCGGCGCGUCCCGGCGCCGCCUGCCACCCGACGCCGCUGCAGAACGAGCCGCGCAAGAUCAGCUACAGCCGGAUACCCGACGGCGAGGCCGACGCCGGCCCCGACGCCGCCGUCUCCGCCCCCGACUCGCCCUGCACGCCGCUGACUCCGCCCCCCGCCUCCGCCGACGGCGUCUUCGAUUCGCCGCGGGCGCCCGACAGCCCCGCCCACUCCGCCGGCGACGCCGUCUUCGGCCCGAUCUGGCCGCCUCGCAGCCCACGGUCGUCCUCGGCGUCGUCCGCGAUCUCCUUCGGCCGCCUCCCCGACGACGCCCCCCCGCCGCCGCCCGUGCCCCCUCGCAGAAGGCCCGGGUCCGCGCCGGCGGAGUCGUCCCCGUCCAAGAUGUCGCCCGAGCCGGACAGCCCGCCGGCCGUGCCCCCUCGCCGGCCCACCCGCGAGCUCCUCCCCCUCCGCUACCCGUCGUCGUCGUCGUCGUCCCCUCCCGACGGCCCCCCCGCGCCGCCGCCCCGGGAGCCGCUCGGCUCGCCCCUCCGCCUGCUGCCGCCCCCCCGGGGCCGCCGCGAGCCGCCGGCCCAGGCCUUCUUUCCCGCCACGUCCUGCCAGGGCCCCGCCCCCGCCUCGCCUUCCUCCGUCAGCCCCUCCCCGGUCUCCGGGAGGACGCCCCUCCCCUCCCCGCCGCUGCCGCCGGACGGCCCCCCGGUGCCUCCUCGCCGCGGCGUGCCGAAGCUGCCGCCCAAGACCUAUAAGAGGGACUCUCUGAGCCACGCCCCCCUGCUGGACACGCCCCCUGCACUGUGAGGCGGGGGGCGUGGCCCGGGAUUGUCAAGCUUCAGGUACCAGAACCAAAGAGGUACUCUCGCUUAACGUUAAGGUUCUUGUUUGGACUUCUUUGUCACAAGGGAAUAAAAGUUGUCUCGACGCCACAA